ACGCUAAUAACGUUUCUCCCUCUUCUCUCUCCACCGAGAAGUUUACUGCGACGAAAAAUUCUUCACAUAAGUAUCUCUUGUUUGUUUCAAAUAACCUAAAACCAAGCCGCGAAAAUCGACUGAUUCUAAAAUCUAUCGAUGCCACCUCCACUAGUCAUGUGAUUCGGCGUUACAAAUAACCAUCGUUGUAUCCAGCUUUUUUUCCCGUCCGGAGCGAGAAACGGAGCUUCGUCUCCGAUUCUCAAUUGACGACAAUAAAAUUUUCCUUCGAAAUAGUAAAAUCUGAAUUGAAGCCGCGAAAAUCGAUUAAUUUUGCCAAUCUAUUUGAUGCCCGGUUUGAAUCAUUUAGAAUAAUGGAGAUUGAUUCGUCACCGUUAAGCAAGUGCUCGAAAGAGCACCAGAUGAUCUAUAAGGAAUGGUUCAGUUACGCUGAUUCAGAUGGCGACGGGCGCAUUACCGGGACCGACGCCCUCAAGUUCUUUGCCAUGUCGAAUUUGCCUCGAGAGGAUCUCAAGCAGGUAUGGGCUAUGGCAGAUUCCAAAAGACAAGGCUUUCUUGGCUUUAAAGAGUUCAUUUCUGCAAUGCAGCUAAUUUCUUUGGCGCAAGGUGGACAUGCGCUAACUAAAGAUACCUUGAGUAAUGAAGUGGACUUGGAAAAUUUAAAGCCCCCUGUUAUGGAACGUCUGGAUAAGCUACUAGCUAAGAAGAAUAAGCGUGCACAUAAGACAAAUGACCCUGAACAGAAUGGUAGUUCUCAACUGCAACUAUCUCCAUCAGCUCAUUGGUUUACUUCUUCGAAAUCGGCAAAGAAGGUUCCAUUGUCCUCUGUUACCUCAAUUAUCGAUGGCUUGAAGAAGUUAUAUGUACAGAAAUUAAAGCCAUUAGAGGUUACAUACCAUUACAACGAUUUUGUGUCCCCCUUAUUGACAAACAGUGAUUUUGAAGCCAAACCUAUGGUUAUGCUGUUGGGUCAAUACUCCACAGGGAAAACAACAUUCCUUAAACAUAUACUGAAAAAUAGUUAUCCAGGAGCUCACAUUGGACCUGAACCUACAACAGAUAGAUUUGUCGUUGUUAUGAAUGGUCCUGAUGAUAGAAGUAUACCAGGGAACACUAUUGCUGUUCAAGCAGAUAUGCCAUUUAGUGGUCUGACAACUUUUGGAACUGCAUUUCUUUCAAAGUUUGAGUGUUCUCAAAUGCCACAUCCGCUGUUGGAGCACAUAACAUUUGUCGAUACUCCUGGGGUUUUAUCGGGAGAAAAGCAACGGACACAGAGAAGCUAUGAAUUUACUGGUGUAACAUCUUGGUUUGCUUCAAAGUGUGAUCUCAUUCUGCUGCUGUUUGAUCCACAUAAACUUGAUAUCAGUGAUGAAUUCAAGCGUGUGAUUUCAUCUCUACGCGGUCACGAUGACAAGAUUCGUGUGGUUUUGAACAAGGCAGAUCAAGUUGAUACCCAACAACUGAUGAGGAUAUAUGGAGCACUGAUGUGGUCGCUUGGGAAAGUUCUAAAUACUCCUGAGGUUAUGCGUGUUUAUAUUGGAUCAUUCAAUGACAAACCUGUAAAUGAGGCUGUUGCCGGUCCACUUGGCAAAGAACUUUUUGAGAGAGAGCAGGAAGAUCUUCUUUCUGACUUGAAAGACAUACCAAAGAAGGCCUGUGAUCGUCGAAUCAAUGAAUUUGUGAAACGUGCCAGAGCUGCCAAGAUUCAUGCUUAUAUUAUUAGCCAUCUUAAGAAAGAGAUGCCUGCUAUGAUGGGCAAAACUAAAGCUCAACAGAGGCUAAUAGAUAAUUUGGAAGAUGAGUUUGCGAAGGUCCAAAGAGAACACCAUUUACCAGCCGGAGAUUUUCCAAAUGUUGAGCAAUUUAGGGAGGUUUUGAGUGGUUACAACAUCGACAAGUUUGAGAAGUUGAAAUCUCAAAAGAUACAAGCUGUUGAUGACUUGUUGGGAUAUGACAUUCCUAAACUCUUAAAGAGUUUCCAAAAUCCCUAUGGCUGAACUUUCAGGAGCUUGGGAGACAAUGUUUGCCGCAUAGCUCAUUCAUUCGUGUACCUUAUACUUCGUUGUCUCCUUUUCAACCCAUUUUUGCCGACUUUCUUGGGCGUACAAGUGUCUUUUGUUAGGUGAAUGCAAGAAAGGCAAAUUUAUGGUACAGAUGUAAGUAAAAAAUCAUUCCCAUUUGCAUAGAAGCUCUUAUUCUUUUGGAAUUUGUUGCAGAGAAAUUUGUACUUGAUGUAGCUUUAUUUGUUUGGUAAAACUUGUGUAAUGAGUUCUGCAUUUUCCAUCUUGACAAUCAUGGUCUAUUUUUCCCUCU